UAAGUUGUGAGUCAUGACACUGGUGACGAUGUCAAGAUGUCACACACACACACACACACACACACACGCACUCACCUCUCCAUAACGGACGGACGUGGCAUCUCACAGCACAGGGAUGGAGGAAAAGAGGUGAGCAAGUCUCUGUGUUUCAGAAGCUUCUCUGGUCACAAAUGGGUGCCAUUACUUACUGUUAGACUGGAGAAUAAUGAGUAGCAGAGGAGAAGUUGUUGGAAAUCUUCAACUUUUACCACCAAGUGACUCUGGAGACCGGAGAGCAACUAAAAUGCCGGGAUACCUUCUUGAUAUUAUUAAUUCUCCAUGAUGACCUCAGUGGAAGGAUGUUCUUCAGGAUGCUGAAAACUAAACAUAGAUCACAUUCUGUGGCAUCACCUGCCUGACUUCUUCACCUCUUUAUCCUAUCUCCUGUUCUUCUUAGACUCUACUCCUCAGGUAAUUUGUUGCAUUACGGAGCUAUUUAUCUUUUCACGCUGGCAGUCUUUUUUCUAGAUUUACCUGACGUAAUGGAACUCUUUUCUAAUGUUCUCCUGCUGUUCUUUACCCGCAUGUAAGUUUUUGUAGCACAUGUUUAACAUUUAAAACAAAGUAGAAGCACACCGCUCAGCAGCAGUUAUUAUCAUCCUGGGAGAAUUCCAUCAGUCUCCAUCUCCAGUCCCUCGGCAUGUUGUAGAGUUCCUGAAGCUCUGCUAGAUCCUGAAGCUCUGCUAGAUCCUGUCUCCGGUUCCUCAGCCUGUUCUGGGCAGGGUGGUGAUGACCUGGCCAUGAUGGUGGUGACUCAGUUAGAACUGGAGCUCUGUUACCAAGGCAAGAAGCUGCGAGGUUUCACCUGUAAACUGACCCGAUCUGCACACGGCUUCCUGCCUGAGAGCUCGUACCUGAUCGCCGCUCAGGUGGUGCUGCCGUACCUGGUGUCCGGACUCGGAAUGGUGGCAGCCGGAAUGCUCAUGGACAUCGUUCAACACUGGGAUGUGUUUAAAGUGAUCACUGAGGUGUUUAUCCUGGUUCCUGCUCUCGUCGGUCUGAAGGGGAAUCUGGAGAUGACGCUGGCGUCUCGGCUCUCCACUGCUGCCAACACGGGGCAGAUGGAUGAUCCUAAACAGCAGUGGUUGAUGGUGUGCAGUAAUCUGGCACUAAUACAGGUCCAGGCCACGGUGGUGGGGUUCUUGGCAGCGCUGGCAGCGGUGGCUCUGGGCGCCAUGUCGAGAGGAGGAGUGGAGCUGGAGCAGGCGGCUGUGCUGUGUGCGAGCAGUGUGACCACCGCCUUCAUCGCUGCACUCUCCUUAGGUUUGGUGAUGGUGGGAGUGAUUAUCGGCUCCCGGAAGGUGGGCAUUAACCCUGAUAACGUGGCCACGCCCAUCGCCGCCAGUCUGGGGGAUUUAAUCACACUGUCACUGCUGGCAGGAAUCAGCAGCACACUCUACGACUACAGAGAAGUGUGGUACGUGUCUCCGUUGGUGUGUGUGUUCUUCCUGUCUCUGAUUCCUCUGUGGGUUUUCGUGGCUCGUCGCAGUGUUCAGAUCAGAGAGGUGCUGCGCUCGGGGUGGCAACCUGUUAUAGUGGCCAUGUCCAUCAGCAGCUUUGGAGGUCUGAUUCUGGACAGAACCGUCAGUGACCCAAACUUUGAGGGCAUGGCUGUGUUUACUCCCGUCAUUAACGGUGUGGGCGGGAACCUGGUGGCCAUCCAGGCGAGCAGAAUCUCCACCUACCUGCACUCCUGGAGCGUUCCUGGAGUUCUGCCCUAUAAGAUGAGACAGCACUGGCCCAACCCCUGCGUCUCCUUCUUCUCUACAGGAGUGAACUCUAAAUCUGCCCGUGUCCUGUUCCUCCUCGUGGUCCCGGGACACCUCGUCUUUCUCUUCACCAUCAAAACAUUACAGGGAGGCCACGCCCCCAUCACCCCGUCCUUCAUCUGCUGCUAUCUGUGUGCUGCACUGAUACAGGUGGCGCUGUUGCUCUACACGGCGGAUGUGAUGGUGAGGUUCAUGUGGAGGAGAGGUCUGGACCCGGAUAACUUCUCCAUCCCGUACCUCACCGCCCUGGGGGAUCUGCUGGGAACCAGCCUGCUCGCUCUCUGCUUCCACCUCGUGUUCCUCCUGCAGGGACUCGGACUGUGAUUAGACUGUCAGCUCCUCCUCCUCCUCACACUGACUGGGAACUCCACAGGAACUCUACAGGAACCUGACUGCAGUGCAGGUUUAAUAAAGGGGUCGAACGCAGAUCAGGGCUCAGGUGGAGUACAGAACUGUUCUCACUGUGAGCUUAAAGCUACUGUAGGGUCCAGAAGAAUCCAUCACCAUCAACCGCUGCUUUAAUUUGUAUUUGAAUUGAUGAUUUAUGAAACACAGAGAUUCUCCUCACUGACUGAAAAUGUGAAGGUUUUAUUGAGUAAAGGAAGGAACAAUAACGGCGUGAAUAAUUAACACCGUGUGUUGGAGUUUAAACCAACACCAAGCCCUCACCGUGGUUUGUUUGUUCCUGUAAAAUUAGUUUUUCUGUAUUUCUAAUAUUUAUAUAAUCGCCAUCUCAUGGUUCUGGAUCUUUCUACAUUUUCCCUUUUUUUCUGACCCAGAAAUUAGCCCCACCCAAACCCAGUGAGCAUAACCCCACCCCUUUUUCUUAAAACCAACUCUCAAUUCGUUUACUGGAAAGUGUUUACAUUAGUAGUCCUCACAGGCAGUAGAGGGCGCUGCAGAUUACACACUGCUCCUUUCAUCCCUUUAUUAUUGAGUAAUUAAUAUUGAUUAAAUAAAAACAGUUGGUGGAUUCUGAUCUUUUAUACAACUACCAGUUCUGUGGGCAUUUCCUCAUGUGGCCUCGUGGUUGAUGACACACACACACACACACACACACACACACACAAGUUUCUGUGGAGGAUUUAAAGUGAACUCGGUAAUAAAUGUGCUGCAGAUUUGGAGCUGAACCUCCUCUGGAUUUGAUUACAGAAAUCUUCUGAUGGAAGAACUGCGGGAUCUGCUGCAGACAAAACACCGCUAUUUAUAUUAAAAAAUAACUGAUAACUCUGCACAGCUGUGUGUGUGUAAACGGUACACCGUGUGUGUAAAACACUUUCACUUCCAGAUGUUUACAUGGUUUGUCUGCACAUAAAGCAUUACUGUAUUCAUUUAUGAUUAAUGUCAUCAAUCUGGAGAGACACACUUCCUCCUGCUGGAAUAAUCACUCAAAUAAACUGUAAACAAA